GAAAUUAUGAGGUUAAAAGAAGUUUGUCAAAAUGCGACGAGUAUCUUUUAACAUUAUCAAAAUCAAAACAGUACUUGUUUCUUAGGUUUUCACGCACACCACUCAUUAAAUAAAACACGUCAGAAUUGACGUCAGAACUGACAACGCAGCCUGAAAAGGAUGCGAAAUGUCAAAAGUAAUAAGUUAGCGCAUUUAAACCGUUUAAACGUGUUUUAUUUAAUCAAAACAGUAAUUUUACUUUAUUCACACGAUAGAACUUGUGACAUCCCCCGAGGUGAUAUUGUAAGGUCUUAAUUUAAUUAACUUAAGGAUAAACUUCAAUGAUAACUUGCGUCUUAUUAUUUUUCAAGGAAAUUAUACAAAACGAGUUUCAAAGACGAAACAAAAAUUAUAAGUAAAAAGUAACAUAUUGCAGAGUAUAAAAACAACUACAAAAAAUAUUAUUUAUCAUAAUAUCAUGGGCAUUUCAUUAUCGGACAGGAUUUAUCUAAACAGAUUCCCUUUAUCGGUGUUUCUAAUCAAAUUAAAUUUAUUGCAAUCAAUAUAACAUAUUAAAAGAUUAUUAUCAGCCAAUAAAAUAUACAUUCGACACAUUACUUCAAACGCUAUUGAUACAGUUUGAUAAAUGAAGUAUUCGUGGCUGCCCAGUUCGUCAUGUGUAUGAUAAAAUUAUAACUUAUUACAUUAACGCUAGAACCUUGAUUUAUUUCUGUGGUUAGAACUUAGAACAAUAAUGAUAUUGAACACCCUUAGGAUAGCGGCUUUCCUGGUCGUGGUGGCGCUGUCAUCCAGCUCUCUGGUGCAGUCUCCUACCAGCAAGGACACCUUCGAGUUACUGAUCCUGCACAACAAUGACAUGCACGCGAGAUUCGAACAGACCUCACAGCUCAGCGGGACUUGCACCACCGUCGAUAGGGACGCCGGCAAGUGCUAUGGAGGAUUCCCUAGGGUGGCACAUGUAGUUAAAGAGGCUCGGAAGGCCGCAGCAUCGGGCGAAGGCCCUCCCGUGUUGUAUCUCAACGCCGGAGACACAUACACCGGCACAGCCUGGUUCACCAUAUACAAGUGGAAGAUAGCAGCCGAGUUCUUGAACGCUCUACAACCGGACGCUGUGUGUCUUGGAAAUCACGAAUUCGACGAAGGCAUAAACGGAGUUGUGCCUUUUAUAAGAAACCUUACCUCACCGAUCCUAGCAGCAAACCUGAUUUUAGAUGCCGUUCCAGAACUCGCAAAUGAAACAAAUCUGCACAAAUCGAUUAUUUUAAAAAUUGGGGAUACGAGAAUUGGUUUGAUUGGUUAUUUAACACCAGAAACAAAAUUUCUAGCACCAAAAAAUAAAGUGGAAUAUGAAGAUGAAGUCACCGCUAUAAAACGUGAAGUGGAAAUAUUAAAGAAGCAAAACAUUAAUAUUUUGAUAGCUCUUGGCCAUUCUGGAUUCAUAACAGAUUUGAAAAUAGCGAAAGAAGUAGAUGACAUAGAUUUAGUUAUAGGUGGGCACUCGAACACUUUCCUUUGGAACCGUAAUACGACUGAAGAAAAACCAGAAUUUCCCCAAGGUAUGUACCCAACCAUAGUUACUCAACCAUCUGGCAGGAAAGCGCUUGUAGUCCAAGCUUAUGCUUACACAAAAUACAUGGGAUACUUGAAUUUAAUUUUUGAUUCCACUGGGGAAAUUGUCCAAUAUGACGGAGAACCUUUAUUGUUAGAACAAAGUAUACCUGAAGAUCCGGAAAUGUUAGAAAAAGUUAAUCUAUACCGAAAAGAAAUUGACGAAAUCAAUAAUGAAUUAGUAGGAGAAUCUGCAGUUGUUUUGGAGGGUUCUUGUCGACUGCAAGAAUGCAAUUUAGGAAACCUUAUUACCGAUUCGAUUCUAGAUUUUACCAGAGAGUUUCAUCCCAAAUAUUUCGAUGUCAACAUAGCAGUGAUCCAAGGCGGAAGGAUUAGAACCUCCGUAGAUCAUCCAAAUAAACCGAUUAAGGUUACGAGAGGGGACUUAGUAGCAGUGUUACCAUUUUCUGAUAUGUUAACAAUAAUAACAUUGAAUGGCACUAUACUGAAGAGAGCUAUGGAGCAUUCAAUCUCAACGUGGCGUCUCAUUGACAGCACGGGACAGUUUUUACAAAUGUCUGGAAUGGAAGUCACUUAUGAUUUAUCUCAGUCUCCCGGCUCAAGGUUGGUAGACUUAAAAGCGGUAUGUUCGAAGUGUGGAGAUUACACGCUAAAACCAGUGAACGACAAUAAUGAAUACAAAAUGUUUAUGCCGUCGUUUCUAGCGGACGGCGGAGAUGGAUAUUCCAUAUUCGAGAAUCUCCCGAAAGACAUAAUUUCUUAUAAUGAACUAGAAUGUACAAUAAACUACAUGCGCAAAUAUGGACUCGUAGAGCCGAAAGUGAGUGGUCGAAUAACGAUAAUUAAUCGUGAUAAAAUAAAUGAUAUUAAAGCAAAUCCUUUAUUAAAUAAUUGUAUUCGUUCAACUGUUUCUCUAGCACUCGAAAUUAUCUGUGUUCUAAUAUCAUUGAACUUUUUGUAAAUAUUAUAUUUUAUUCUUGUUAGUAUUAUAUGUGUAUUUCUUAUUAAUGCUUUGAAAAAGUAAUCUAAAGUCACUAAAUCCAACUACUUGGGUAUUAUGUGAGCAAAAACCUGUACUGUUACGUAGUUUUUUACCAGUGGUCCACCCAACAAGUUCACCUGGCGGGACUUCGGAGACUUGUCCUGACCCAUGGUUCAUCUGGGUGGAUUAAGGAGAUUUGUUUUGACCCUGGGUUUACCACGUAUAUAUUAUCAUUGAAGAAUAACAUUAAUGUUCUUAUUUGUUUCUUGGAAGAUUGUUUCCUUAAUCAUAACCUUUCUUAGCCUUACCAUGUAUCCUGGUACUUUGUCCAAAAUAAUGAUUUUAUAAAUGUUGUAUGCACAUUUUUUUACAGUAGAAUUUAAUGUUGAUUACAUUUUGUUACUAUCUUAUUAAUAGUUUAAUAGAAAAGUGAUAGUGGAGUAAAAAAUAUUUUCGGUUGUUCCAUUGGUCAAUGGCUAAAGGGUAAAUGUUUCCAUCGUCCCAUUAAUGGGACGUCCAACGGGACUACGGAAAUGAAACGGUUGGUUGGUUGGUGGUUGUUGUUCUACGUCAGUCACUUUUUGAGUUUAUCCUGGCCAUACAUACAGACAAACAGACAAAAAUUCUAAAAACUAUAUUUUUGUGUUCGUUAUCGAUUGUAGACCACACCUCAAGUAUUCUUUUAAAAAAAUAUUCAAUGUACAGUUUUGACUUUCCUACAAUUUUAUUAUAUGUAUAGAUGGUUACUAUAACAAUUUAAUCGGAUAAGUUUAGUCAGAUAACCAUAUUACUAGUUUAGGACUGUAAGACUGUAAUUAAUCGCUUUCGUUUAACCUAUAUAACUAUAUCUAGGGAUAGUACAGUUGCGGCUAUGUAACUAUAAUUACUGUAUUAUCUAUUUUACUACGACAUAAAUAAUCACAAUGGUGCAGAUGACACAUCUAUAGGUCCAUCGAGACAUAUCUAUAGGUGAUGUGGUAAGUUUGACCCAUUAAUUGCGCAAACGAAAUUAAUUAGCACAGAGUACCUUAUAAUAACUGGAAAUUAAUCAGUUAGUUUUCUCAGCACCUUAAUAGUGCAAGACAAUUAUUCGGUACAACGGGGGUUUACGCAUUUGUGAAAGCAGUGACAGACAGGAGUGACGUCAUCGCAACCAUAGGUUCGUUUUCGCGCGAAAAUUUAAAUUGUCAAUUUAAAACCGCAUUUUUUCCGAUAAAUCACAAUGUUUUAAUUUUUUAAUAUAUCUGUGGUUUAUUCUUCAUGGAAUUCUUUAAAAUGAAAACAAAAAUAAAAAUAUUGCAUCUUCCCUAUUGUUUAUGUUUAUGCGACUGUCAUUAUGAGAAGGGAUAUCAAAACACGAAAGGCUGUUUAUCGAUAAAAGCAUGGAGUUUAGAGAGUAGGAGAACGAUUUUUACGUGCUAAAACAAUAGCCCACCUGUCCCUAAAAAUUUGUAGAAUUAGAGUUCAUUUUUCAGCCACCAACCGCGCUGCCGCAUGCCGUCGGUAAGUAGUAUCUAUGAAGUUAGCUGUUUAUGAGUACAAGUAGAUGAAGUUAGUUGAAUAAUGUACAAAUUUUUUUCGCGGCAUUGGUCAUUUCAAAUUAGCGCACAACAGCCCGCUUUUAUUGCGACAACUUAGCUAUCGCAGCGCCUCACUUAUUUUGUCCAUAUUUCUAGGAAACUAUUUUCUACAGCGAUCGUUCUCCUUAUCUCUAAAACCUCCAUGGAUAAUAGGUUGACUCGGGUGUUUUAAUACCUUAAUUAUAUGGAGUUGCAUACACUAUAUUAUCUAAAGUUAAACAAAGUAGCUAGGUAACAAAGAAGUAUUUUGCAAAACUUUUCUGAAAUCCCGAAUGUCCCGUUUAUCCUGAAGUGUACUUAUUCGUAUUAUAGCCCCAACUGGUUCAGCCUAGGUUGAACUAUUUUCCACUGUCUGCCAUAGGACGAAUCAGUUUAGCCUUGUCUGUACCGGUUUAUCCUAUCGCCUAAUUGAUGAUUUGGUUUACCUAGUUUGUCCUAAAAUCGGGUUUGGCUGGUAAUACAUUGUUCGAAAAUUCAAAAUUACGCGCCAAAGAACGAAGCAUGCGGUAAUAGUACAUUAUGAUAUAAGUGCGGUAAGUUAAGAAUUACAACCAAGGUAGGUGAGGGCUAUAAGCAGGCAGAGGCUGUAAUUAUCAAACCGCACGUAUGUCAUACGACGUUUUAUAACACAUUUGCGAGGAAAUAAUACUACCUACGUACGUACUUUAUGAAAAUGAAUUUGCACCUUUGUUUGUUUUCCAUAAGAUGAAAUUUUGAUGCGCUUGACUGUAAGUAUCUAUCCGUGGAUUUUUCGGGCAAGAGGCUUAGCGUAGCCUUUUUCGACUUCUGGCGGUGUCAAAUUAUUAAAUUCGUUACUACUUGACAAUAUUUUCAAAUCAAAACAAUACAGCGAAAAGAAAAUGAAAUAACAUUUUCACAGAUCAGCGAUCCGCGCGCAUCCUUUUUAGGCAAAGGAACAAAAAACAGCCAGUGUUACUAAUAAAGAAAAUUAAUAUUUUUAUGAUUAUUUUACCGAUACAUGGUUGUAAUUUGAUUUGAUGAAUCAAAUUAAAGAAUUAAAUGUUUAUAUAUUAUAUUUUAUCUCCCAAAGUUAAUUUUAUUAAAAAAAAGUUGAUUAUCUUUCUAACAUCAAAACUCUUUGCUAAGAUUUAAAAAAGUAUCGUUCGUUUUUAGACGGAACAUAAUAAUCCGUGCGUUUAACUUUACACUAGCAAACCAGUGAACCAAAUGUUUACCAAAAAAAAAAAAAGUAUUUAAUUAAUUGAGAACUUUGGAGAUUUUGUGUGGUUUCGUUUGAAAUAGAAAUCACGUGAUUUCUCGAGAACCGGAAGUGCUACGUUACUCACAUCCGGUUUGUAGUCUUAUCAGACUAUUCUCAACUUAUAACUUAAACAUUCUCUUUAUCUAUCUCUUACGGUUUGGCCGCUGAAACAGCACCACGGACGGACGGACGGACUUGUCUAAUAGAUAAGAGAUUAGCGCACGCGUGUAUAAUGUGAUGUGAUAGAUUAUGAUAUUGAAAUUGGUACAAUAAGAGACGCUUUAUGAGCAAAUGUGUUAUAAUAGUUAUUUAUGCAACUGUUGUAUAAUGAGGGACUUUAUCUACACCUAUGAUAUGAAAUAACAAUGUACUCUGUGGAUAUGAAUUCCCUAUAAAAGAUUCUUAUGUUUUUACAAAAUACAAAUACAAAAUCAUAUGACACUUGAAUUUUACUUCGAUCUUUGUCGUGUUUUAAUAGUACUGACCUUAAGGAUUGCUUUGGUAUACUAAACUAAUUUUCGAUAAGGUUGUGGGUUUGAUCCUUUUCAUUUAACAACGUCCAAUUUUAAGUUAUACGCUUUAGUAGAAGCACGUGUGAAUGACAACGUAAGUUUUUUGAAAUUCAUAAUACCACGCAUCAAGUAGUGAAAUUUGUGGUGGUCUGAUAAGCAAGCCCUUAGCGCGGAAGGGAUUUAAAAGCGAAGGAGUGUAAUUUAUUAUAAAAAGAAACGGUUCAAAUUCGUAUGGAGUGGAAGUGAUUCUUCGGCAAACUCCAAUUUUUGUGACACGUAGGUAGGUCACUUAAUUGUAAAUCGUUUGGCAAAAAUCUAGAAUUUAUAAUAUCCCUUUUUUAAAGCAAUUAUUGAAUUUUAUUAUAAUAUAAAAUUAUAUUAUUAUUCAUUGGCGAAUGGCAAGUUUAUUUAUAUAUUUUUUGUUGCCAAAGCAUCAAAUAUAUUAUUACUAUUAUUAACAGUAAUAAUAAUUCUGUUCAGCUUUUGUUACAUUAUUAGGUAUUUUUUCUUUCUUAUUUCAAGAAAAAUCAAUCAUAAGUUAAUCAGGUCAUGUCAUUAAUUAUGAUUCGGUGUCCAGCUUCCUUAGCAAAUUAUAAAUUUUUUUAAACGAUUUAAAAUUAACCGGAGAUAAAUAAAAAGUUAAAGUAUCUGUUCCUGUUCCACUUAUAAAACAAGCUUUCAAAUGAUAAAUGUUUCGUCACUGCCGGAAACAUCCAAACGGAUGUUAUAAUCGUUUUUUAUGCUAUUGAUUGUUUUAAGGUUGGCAAUAAGCUGUUUCAGAAUCUUUAAUUCCGGUUUUAAACAUAGUUAUGUUAUUAUCAUGCAGUAAUAGUAGAUAAAAUGUUUUACCGCACGCUAGGCGCGUAAUUUUGGCCUUUCGAUCAAUGUUCCCUAAAUGUAUUUUUUGAGCAAAUAGAUUUGAAAAUAACUAUAACGAUACAGCUAGCAGUACUGUAAUGAGUUGCGAGAGUACCGAUACCCACAUUCGUGUAUUGAUACCCCUCAUUAUACAACAGAGGCCCAAACACGAGUUUUUAGCAGCUCUGUAACGUAACGCAAUGUCAAAGAUUCUUUAAAAACUCCGCAACAUCCGUUUCGUACGUAAGAACAGUACCCCUAACACGAACCAAUAUCGAAUUCGUAUCGUUUGCGAGUCCCAAAUGUCAUUGUCAAAUGUGUACUGAUUUUUAAUUCUCGUUACGUAAUUUGUGCCGCUGCGUAAAUUGUUCAAGUUUCCGUACAAAAUUUGACAUUGACAUUUCGGUUU